GAACUGCAAACGUUAAAGGCCAACUAGCUUCUUGUUAGCAUUUGAUCAGACAACAGCGAUGAGGUUCAGUCUGCUGCUGCUGCUCGGAGCACAGAGGAACAAUUUACUGUUCCCCUUGAUCUGCUCCGCGCUUCUGUUUCUGCAUCCUUCAGAACCGUGUGAUGCCGAGCGGCCCGAGUCCGGCACCAGCCCCGACACUCUGAUUCUAUGUCGGGCAUGUGGACAUGAGGUGGCGCGCGGCACGGACAUCCACUUCGUCCCCAGCCGCUUGGCGCUUUCUAGCCGCAACGACACUUCUGUAGGCGGUAGGAGGAUUCACGUCCAGCUCUUCGAGAACCCCCAUGGAUAUCAGUUCGAGGUUAUCACGUUCAGAAGAGCGGACGUCAUGAAGCACUGGCCCGCAGACAGACACUUCUCCUGGUACCCAGGGUAUUCCUGGACCAUGGCUACCUGUCCCAGGUGCAAAACUCAUUUAGGUUGGGCCUUCCAGCCAAGCAGCUGGCCAGAUACCAUCACUAACAGCAAAUUUGAGGAAUCAGAAAGUACAUUCUUUGCUUUAAUCACCAACAGAAUUCUGAGGGAAGACUUCGCUUCAAGUCUGCUUAUGACUCCAAAGUCCUUUACAAGCUGAUGAACUUAAAUGUAGUUUUUUUGCCUUUCAAAUAGACUUCCCAAAAAAAACAACCGUCCCUUUUUUGAAGACUCCCACACAUGCAUAUACAGUUUAGUUUUAUUAUUGUAACAAAGCAAGUUUUACACCUUAAAUUUGAAACAAGUGUAAACAUCAGGGAAACAUUUCUGUUAAAGAAACAGCAGAGGGGAACAAAAUUUACCAUUUUUUUUUUUCAGUUUUAUUCUUUAUUAAAAAUGUCAUUUC